UAAGAGCCCAGCUUAAACGGUCGCCGACACCGGCCUAUCCUCUCGGCUUCCGGCGCGGCGAGGACGACGCGAUGCCACCACCGUCUCUCCCGCUUCUCCUCCCCUUCUCCUCCCCAAUCCUACACCCUCUCCCCACCUCCGCCUCCCGCCUCCGCACGCCCGGCAGAUCCCUCUCCCUCUCCCGGUGCCCCCGCCCACUCGCCUCCCCUCCCCCCUCGUUCGCCGUCGCCGCCGUCAACGACGACGAGCACGACUACGACGACGAUGUCGUCCUCGGCGACUGCCUCGUCUUCGAGGACGAGGCCUUCGAGGCCCCCGACCUCGACCUCGGCCUCGGCCGCCCGUCCUCCCACCCCAGCCGGAAGCCACCGGCGGCCCGUGGCGGGGGCAGCCUGGUGCCGGAGCGGUGGAAGGACGCCGUGGAGGAGAUCAACCUGACGAAGAAGGAGAAGCGCCGCAUCGCGCACGGGCUGCGCUUCGGGAGCCGCCUCGACCGCCGGGUGCCCUCCGCCGUGGCCGCCCCCGACGAGUACCGCGCGUACCGCGAGGGGAGGCUGGACGCCGAGCUCGGCCACGGCGCGCGCGACUACCUGGUGUCUCCGCUCGAGAGCAGGUCCCGCGCGUACAGCGAGGUGAGGCUGGACGCGGAGCCCGGGCGCGUCGCGAGCAACCACGUCGAGCCGCUCGAGGAGAUGUCCCUUGCGCCGGAGAAGGUGGAGGCUCCGCCGCCUCCGCCUCCCGGGACACGCGCGGCGCCCAGGAAUCCUAGGACGGCGAUGGACUCGGUCAGUCUUGAGGACAUCGCGGAGCUGUUUAACAGUAGCCAGUAUGUCCCAGGCGAGACGGAGGAUGGCAAGAGCGCGAGGAGUCGCCGGAAGCUGUUCACGGAUGAGGAAAAGGUUCUUCUGAACAGGAGAUUACCUGAUCUGGAAGGUGCUGCUUCCAGUAAGUGGCUGCCACUUCACACCCUUGCUGCAUCAGGAGACUUCUAUCUAUUGGACAAUCUUCUGAAACAUAAGGUGGAUGUAAAUGCACUUGAUAAGGAUGGUUUGCCAGCAAUUCAUAAAGCAAUUAUUUCGAAGAAGCAUGCUAUCAUCAACUAUCUCUUAAGGAAUUCAGCAAAUCCAUCUGUCUGUGAUAGAGAUGGUGCAACCCUAAUGCAUUAUGCUGUCCAAACAGCAUGCAAUCAGACUAUAAAAACGCUAUUGCUCUACAAUGUUGAUAUCAAUCGUCCAGAUGAUUAUGGCUGGACACCGUUGCAUCUAGCCGUGCAAACACAGAGAACCGAUAUUGUGAGGCUACUCUUACUAAAAGGUGCUAAUAGAACUUUGAAAAAUCAAGAUGGAUUGACUCCUUUGGACUUGUGCCUCCGAUUGGGUCAUGACGUGAGGACAUAUGAGCUUAUCAAAUUACUCAAAAACUUUCGAAUAUCAAAGCAGCAUAACUCGUUUUAGCUCAUGGAUGGUGUUCGGCCCUAUCAAAGUCACUGAAGUUUAUUACCAGUGUUGGACUAGCUGAGAUGAAACUUCCUGCUGUGCAUGAUGGAAUUGCUUCCAGUUGCAGAUGGGUACAGUUCAAUCACAUAUUUUGAAGCAUUUUUGCUAUUUUGUUGAUCUGACUAUAAGCAGCUGCAACAGAACACGUUUGCUGCUGGAGGGAAACGAACUACCUGGCUAUUUUCUAUCCACGAAAACUGGAAAGCAAAUCUUUUCACAAGGAAAAGGUUGAUGAUGCAGAAAGAUUAGAGGUAGCCACUGGGCCGUCACAAACUAUAGAUAGACCAGUCACUGUUGCCAGAUAAUUUAGGUAGGAUCUGUAAGUUUAGAAUGACACUAUCAUCUUUUCUGGGCCGUUGGGAUAUUUUUUGGCCAUAAUUAUAGCGUCACACAAUACCAAUAUUCAUAAAAAAAUCUUGCUGUUAUACAGGCUUA